UCGACCUACCUUGCUCUUGCCUCUCACAGGCUACGAGCUAUUGCCGUCGACUCCGCCUACCUUUUGCCGCUAGGCUACUAGAAUUCAAAGGAGCUACCAAUAUAAGAUCGCGACCCCCCGCCUUCUAAUCCAAUUUCGCAACUGCGCGUCGCGCCUCCAUUCCUACGUAUCCACUUCUCAAUCUCCAUCGCGCAUCAACACCACGUCGACUCGCGAUAAUCCUCAACUCAGCAUUUUCACGUGCGCAUCGUUAUUUCAUGUCGCGACAAGUCAACUAAGCUAGACCUGUAUUGACGCGCCUUUAUCGCGAACAGCCAUUAUGGCUUCACCAACCCCCGAUGCGACCGCUCCCGCAAACGAGAAUACGCCGCGCGAUGUCACAGCAGAGAAGGAACAAAAGUCCGAAGUCAACGGCCAUGCGACACCUGAAAAGCCAAAGGACACACCUGAAUCUGCGCCUGUUAAUGGCAACAAAGCGGACCAUCAUCCUGUCGAGAAUGGUGUCAACAAGGACGUAGAGAUGACAGAGGCAAGCGAUGAGACGAAGCCCUCUCAAGAGCCUUCAACGGACGAAAAGAACGAUCCCAAGACCGAAGGUGAUGAUCAGACGAAGGAGACUGGUGAUGCCAAAUCUGUGGAGGAGCCUAAUGCUGCAGAGGACUCCAAGGCUACAGAGGAGGAUGUCGAUAUGACAGACGCUGUGCCUGCAGAGAAGCCCGGAGAUGAGAAGCCCGCUGAAGAUGCGACCACAAAAGAGUCCAAGGAUGUCGAUAUGGCGGACAAGCCUGCAGAUACCCCCGAAAAGGCCGAGGGAACAGACAAGACACCCGCUUCCUCCAACGAUGCCGCAGCUCCCGCCUCAGGGGCUGAAGUCCAACCUACCAGCCUAUCUCAGUUGGUUAUCGAUACCAAGGAAGCGGAUGCCCCUAAACCUUCUACCGAGAUGUCGAUGCAGGAUGCUCCCGUUGGCGACACUUCCGUUAGCUCUAAGGUAGCCCGCGAACGUGAGGAUGAUGCCACAGACGAGCCUGCACCAAAGCGAGCCAAGACCGAGCCCAAAUCUGAAGAACCCGCUGACGUUACAUCCACUGUCCCCAACACCGAAGCGACUUCUGCUGAGUCUGCCCCCGAGAAGGAGGUUUCUCGCUUCGCUGGUCUUACCAGAUGGAAUGAGGCCGAUUUCAAGAACCAAACGCUCACCCCUUUUCAACGACGCGAGUUCCGCAAGGUGCUGGGGCGCGUGAAGAAGACAAAGGCUGGUGGCCACUUCAAGGACUCAGUCCCCAAGAUGUGGCCUCAACUCGCUGAGAGUUACUUGGCCAAGAUCGAGAAGCCUAUGGACCUUUCUGAGAUUGACCGGACCCUACGUGAUAUUAAUGGUGCUUAUGUUACGGUCGGUGAUUUUCAGAAUGACCUGGUUCUCAUGUAUGACAACACGCGCAACUUCAAUGGAACCCUCCAUGAUGUUACUGCUGCUGCGUUCAAUGCUAUUCGAAGCAUCUGGGAAGAAGUUGCCACCAUUCCACAAGAAGAGGCAGUCAAGCCCAAACAGAUACCCAAGCCCAAGCCUCCCCGCGAGUCGCGUAUCAGCUCUCUCGGUGAUUCUAUUGCUCGCAAGCCAUCUGUUGGACCUGGCGCUAGUCCCGCUGCCGAAAGCGUGUCGUCAAAGCCGCGGCUUGGAUCUCAAGAAGCCAAUACCGCUGCUACCGAACUGCGCCGUGCCUCAUCUGCCACUGAGGGCGAUCGUCCCAAACGAACCGUCCGUGCUCCCAAAUCAAAGGAUAUUGACUAUACCACCAAGCCUUCGCGAAAGAAGCUUAAGCCUGAGCUGCAGUUCUCUGAAGAGGUAUUGAACGAUUUGAUGCACCCCAAGAACCACGCCAUCAACAACUGGUUUAUGGAACCAGUUGAUGCUGAGGGGCUCAACAUUCCACAUUACUACUCCAUCAUCAAGAAGCCCAUGGAUCUUGGAAAGGUGGCUCGCAUGCUGAAGAGUGGUGACAUCACCAACAUUAAGGACUUUGACAAGAACGUGCGGCUGAUCUUUUCCAAUUGUUAUACCUUCAACGGUAGUGUUGACCAAGGCAACACUGUGUCGUAUGUAGCUUCUCAAUUGGAGGACUAUUACAACAGUUUGAUGAAGGACAAGGACAGCUGGUUAGCCAGACACGCCAAGGCACAUGCUCCUGCUGCUUCCCACGGUAGCGACGAGGAAGAUGAGGACGAGGAAGCCGAUGGCGAUGAGGUAGCAGCUCCUCCAAGUGCAGACCACAGUAAGGAAGUGCGGGACCUGGAGACAAAGCUGAGGGAGGAAAGUGAGAAGCUGACCGACCUUCUGUGUGCCGACUCGCCCAAUGAGAGCAUGGUGGCAAUGCAGAAGAGUAUCGUUAACCUUGUACAAGAAAGUCUUCUGAAGGCGAAACAGGCUCUCAGUGCGCACCGCACAAAGCAUCCUGAGAAACCCUCUAAGAAGGCCAGUAAGCCGAGCAAGCCUAAGCCCAGUGGAUCUGCCCCUCGCAAACCCAGCGGAAGUGUGGCAAAUCCUAAGAAGCCCAGUGGCACCAAGAAGGCUGUGAAGAAGACUCUCACCGCUGCAGACAAGGACGCUAUCGCUUCUGCUAUCAAUGAUCUUGAUGGUGCACAGCUUGACCGCGCUAUCGAUAUUAUCAAGCGAGACACUGGUCAAAAUGAGAACACCGACGGAGAGCUCGAGCUGGACAUUGACCAACUGAGCAAUGAGGCUCUGCUCAAACUCUGGGAACUCUGUAAGAAGGUGUUGCCUGGAUUCGGGAAGGACACCAACGUGCCAUCUUCUCCAGAAGUGACCCGGGCAGCGCCGCCUAAGCAUACGAAGGCAUCAUCGACAUCGGCGAAGCCCAAAAAGAACAAGCCCAUGAGUGCCCGUGAACAAGAGGAACGGAUUGCGCAGCUUCGUGAUCUCAGCAACUUGUACCGGCCGGGCCAGGAGCCUGGCGAUAAUCAACCCGUGUUGCAGGCUCCCACACCUACGGCCGAGUCCAGUGAUGAAUCGGACUCGGAGGAGGAGUAGACAUGGCGUCGGGCUGAGAGAUGGACUGUAUGAGUUGUAUGACUUUUUGGGAGCUUGGAUGUUUC